AGUUAUUUUAUCUCCGUUUUUGUCUCCGUUCUAAAAAUACAGAUAUUUUUCCGGCGAAUUCGAAAUCUCUUUAUCGGUACCGGAAAAUCAACCGGAGUACUACUGAAGAUUUUAAAUCCGACGUCGGAGUUUUUCGCUGUUAUUUGAUUUGAUAACUCAACGAUUUGCUUAAGGAUUGUAGUUUUCCCUGCAUUUUCUCUCGUUGUUCGUUGAAUACGUGAAGAGAAUAGAGCAAUUGCUUUGUUCGCCAUUUUUACCGGUGAGUUUCAGAUGAUUAUCAGCUCCGCUGUGUAGGUAGCCAUUUGAGGGAAUAGAGCGAAAGUAGAUUGUAGCUCUGAACGGCAUUUUUACCGGUGAGUUUCAGAUGAUUAUCAGCUCCGGUCAGUAGCCAUUUGAGGAUCUCCCCCUGCAUUUUCUCGUAUUUCGAAUACGUAACAGAGUUUGUUGCUCCGGACGCCAUUUUACUCGUGAGAUGAUGAUUUGAGGAUUUUCGCCUGCAUUCUCUCUGGUUACUGAAUAUGUAAGUGAACGGAGCAAAGCAGAUUGUUGCUGUGGACGCCAUUUUUAUCGGUGAGUUUAAGAUGAUUAUCUAGCUAGCUCCGGCCAGUAGCGGUUUGAGGUAUGAAUCUUCCAACUCCAUUUUUGUGUCACUAUUGCAUUGCUUUUACGUGCACCUCACUGUACCUCCCCCUCAUUUGUACAAAUAUCGAGUUAACUUUAGACAGUGAAAUUCCUAUUGCAGCUAAGUUUUUUUUUCACUAAAAAAAGAUUUUAAAAUAAAGAAAUAAAUACCUUUAAAAAGGUCUCUCAGAUUAUUAAGUUGGUUCGGAGGAUGGUUAUCCACAUGGAUGGCUCGAGAUCGAUCCCUUCUUAAUGUCUUAUGAGUCGAGUUUGUCGUAUAGAUCUUGCCUAGUGCGGUUGUUUACAUCUCCUGUGUGGUUUGUAAGGUAUUACAUACAUAAGAAGGAUUUACCCUCAACGCCUUAUGAGUCGAGUAUGUCACAUAGAUCUUGGCUAGUGUGGUUGUUUAUGUUUCCUGUGUAGUAAGAAAGAUUUACCCAGUGCGCACAAAGUGUUCACCACAGAAUCCUCACUCGAAUGUAAAAUACCUUAAAAGCCAGUAAAUGUAAAAUACCUUUAAAAGCUUUAAAAUUCAAUGUUUACCAUAUAUAUAAAAUAUUUUAAUUUUGUACAUAUUAUAUAAUUAUCCAGAGAACUUUUUUUGAAUAAACCACUUUAUACCACAGCUCUAUUUUGGGUCACUCUGUCAAGAGUAGUAGGCAGAUAAAAGAGUUAACCUAGUGUUCUCCUGCUAGACAUUGAAUAUUACUCCGACUCUAUGUAGACCACUAAGUCAAAUUCGAAGUUAAACAUAUGUAUAUUAGUCAUAAGAUUUCAAAAUAUUUUUCAUAUUUUUUUAAAAAAUGAAGUAAAAUAUCAACAAUGACUAACAAAUUAAAGUCAUAUUCUUAUCUAUUGACAACUAUUUACAAAUGAAUAUGUAGUUUAUAACGGGAAUUCAUGGAUUUGAACGAACUCAAUAGUUUAUCUGUAUAUCUUGUAUGAUAAAGCAGUGCAAUGAAUGGUGCAGUAUAAAUGUUUUUCAUAUUAGUAUUGUAAAUUCAAAUCUCACUAUUAAUUUUUUGUCUUAAAUUUUAAAAUAUCAAAAUUUAUAAUUUUUGCUACGCCGCGAAUAGAGAUUUAUUGUCUGUUUGAUUAUUGAAUGGCACCUUUCAAAGGUGGACAAUUAAUAUUCAUUUGUAAAGCGAUUGGUCAUUCAUUCCACAAACAUCUCCUGCUCUGCUAGUUCUGCUGUUAAUACUGCUACUGCAUGCCACUGCUACUUAAUUCUCUCUCCUCGGUGCUAUGCCUUGUACGCCUGUAGAUCAUAGUAAAUUAGUAAUAGUACUAUCUUAUUUGAUACUAGUACUAGUUUUUAUUUGAAGUGGUUAUUGAAUUACAUGUUUAUAAGCAAAGCCGGAACUAAUAUUUUUUGAAUAGUAGUUAGGCCGGUUUCUGAAUUUAACUUUUGUAUAUUUUGAAUGAAUUUAUUAAGCAGUAGAAACUUGUGUGUUUAGGAAAAUAUUUUUUCUAUAAAUAUUUUCUAGUAUUUGGUAAGUAAGUGAAAAAAAAAAAUAGGAUCUCAAAAAUGUUUAUAUGUAAUUUAACAAAAUAAUAUGAGGGUGGGAUGAUGAGGGGAAUAGGGCUUCGGUGUGAUGGUCACGGGGUCAGAGUUGGAGCGAUUGGGUGGAUGUGUAGGAGACAAUUAUCUUGAUAUGUCACUUAUUCAAUUUGUUUUCUCUAUUUCUAUUAGAAAAGUCAUUUUUAAGUAAUUUGUAUUUUGAAUAACUAAAUAUAUAGAAAUUGAAAAGAAUUUUUAGAAAAAUGUGUUUCUCCGUUUCAACCACUCUAAUUAAGUUCAACCAAACUCGUAUGUUGAUUUUUAGCUUCACCACCCUUACUCGUAAAAGUAAAAGAUAUCUCGUUUCAUAAAACAUCGAAUACGUAAAUGUUUGUUAUUAGUUUUAAUAUUUUAUCAAAAUACAUAUAAUUACUUAUUUAUAAAAUAGUAAAUUUAAAAAAUAUCUUUUAACACUUAAAUAUUAAUCUGACCCAAAUGGAUUAUGAAUAGGCGUAGAAAUGUCUUUUCUUUUUUCGGGUUUUUGGGCAUACUUGCACAUUAAAGCAAGUACACAAGGACACCACUUGCAAUUUUAAGCGUUUAAUAUUUAAUCAUAUCAUUUUUCUCCUAUAAAAUCCCAAAUUCUUGUCCUUUUUUUUAAAAAAAUUCGAGCUAAAGUAUUACGUACCAACAAUAAAAAAAAGUUACUUAUUAACUAGAUCACUCAUAAAAUAUUGUCAAUAUUUUUUUUCUAUAAGGUACAAGAAGUCAAGAAUGUUAUAUCUGCUUCUUUUUAAUGGAAAAAAUUAUGGUUUCGGAAAUGAAAGAAUAUGUCAGUAAUUUUUCCUUUUCCUUUUAUAUACAUAUAUAUCCUCCUUUUCUAACUAGAAUCCUAUUUUCCUUGUCCUUCUUGUUAGAAUAGCAUAGUGGUCCUAAUCUUUAAAAAUGUCCUUGCACCCAAUUGUAUCUAACUUUUAACGAUCAAUGAAAUAAUUAACUUGUUGAAUUGCUUUUCUUGUUUAUUUUAACUUUUUUUAUUUUUUAUUUCACGCUAGUAUCCAUAAAGAAAAUUGAUUAGUUUGAAUUCGCAUAAAAGAAUCUUACUUUAAAGGUAAAACAUUUUUUAUAAAAAUGACUUAACUCAAGACCUUAAUAGACGAGUACUUGUCACUCUCUAUCUUAGCUUUUAUGGUUUUUGUAGUUUUGUUUUAACCUAAAACUUCAGUGAAAGAUAAUAUGAGUAACUUUUCCUUGUAUCUAUAUGUUCUCCAUAAAUAUUGUCAUUUUCUAAUUAGAAUCCUAUUUUCCUCCCUUGUUGUCAGCAUAGGGUGGUCCUAAUUUUUGCAAAUGUCCUUGUACCCAAUUGUAAUGAUCAACGAAGCAGUAAUAAUUAACUUGUUGAACUACUUUUCAAGUAUAUUUUAACUUUAUUGGUUUUUCAUUCGAUAUUGUUUUAGAGAAAGCUCAUGUUGGGGUAAAUCACUUUAUACCAAAUACGACUUACUCAAAUUCAAAAUAUUUAAUUAAAGAUGAAUAAAUACUUACUACUUCGUUAAUUAUCGAAACCUUUGGUGGUGGUUCUAGUAGUUUUGACACCCUUGGAUAGUUGGAUUUAAAAAAUCUAAAAAUUUUCCAGCUAUCAUUUGCUAUUUAAUGUUUUUACCUUGAAAGAUAGUGACUGAAAAUUAAUGCAUUAUCUCCCAAUAUCUCGAAAUAUUGAAAAUCACAGCUCUACAUUUUUAUUAAAGGAAAGUUUUUUUGUAUUUUAAAUUUGAAAUGAUCUUGUUAGCAAAAACACACAAAAUGAAUAUAUCAAAAAUCAGUGUUAUAUGAUUGUUUUCUUAUGUUUCAUGAUUCAUUUAUAUUUCAUUUGCAGUUAGAAGAAGAAAGCUGAAUAUAUAGCGUAUAAACAGAGGAACAAAACAGAAGAGAGUUAAAAAUGUUGACAUGCAUUACAUGUAAACAAAAAGUUGAAGAUGAUGGUGGAGAAGAAGAAAGUAUUCGAGGUUCUCCCAAUACUAAAGAUUCUAUCAAAAGCCUGACAGCACAGAUUAAAGAUAUAGCAUUGAAGGUCACUGGUGCUUAUAGGUGCAAGUCAAGUAGUAUACCCACCAACAAUUACAAGAAAGGGCAUGGACCAUAUCCAUAUCCAGAUUUUGAUGCAAUCUCUAAGGGAGUUUUAUAUAAUUACCAAACAGGAAGUUCAAAUUCUACUCCAGCUUGGGAUUUUACAAGUACUGGUCAUUUCCAAACACCAACUAGAACUGAUUCUAGAUUAAGUGAUGUGAUGUUGGAAGAUGAAGAGGAGGCUAAAGAGUGGACAGCACAAGUGGAGCCUGGAAUUCAGAUUACUUUUGGUUCUCUUCCUCAUGGUGGAAAUGAUCUUAAAAGAAUCAGAUUUAGUCGGGACGUGUUCAACAAAUGGCAAGCUCAAAGAUGGUGGGGUGAAAAUUAUGACAGAAUUAUGGAGCUUUACAAUGUUCAGAGAUUUAAUAAGUAUGCUCUUCACACACCCUCACAGUCUGAGGAUGGGAGAGAUUCAAAUUAUUCGUCAAGGCCGGGAUCUGCAAGGGAUUUCCAACAAUACAAUGCUGGAUUAGGUGCUCAUGUCCAUAGUUUCCCAAAGGGUAGCGGUGUAUCAAGAACGACAACCUCCUCUAGAGACGAGGCUUCAGUUUCUGUAAGUAAUGCUAGUGAUAUGGAGUCAGAAUGGGUAGAACAAGAUGAACCUGGAGUGUGUAUAACUAUCAGACAAUUAGCUGAUGGAACUAGAGAGCUACGUCGAGUUAGAUUCAGUCGUGAAAAAUUUGGAGAGGUGAACGCAAAACAGUGGUGGGAGCAGAACUGGGAGAGAAUACAAGCACAAUACCUUUAGGAUCAUGUAUUCCACAGCAUUUUACAUGACUUAUAAGGGUACUCAAAGUGGAAUAUUUUGCCAUCCUCGAAGCAAAGUUAACAUCACCAUCUAUGAUAAGGGUGACGAAGGUGGAGCCAAGAUUUUAACUUUAUGAAAUUCUAAAUUCUAAAAUAGCAACAUCACGUGUAUGUAAUGUGGCUCGGAGCUAAGUUUUUGUAUACAUAUAGUAGAUCUCGAUUCGGUUGUACCCUUACGUAACCUUCUAGCUCCGCCCCUGUGGGGUGAGGAUGCCCCAAGGGGGGCAGAGACAUCUUGAUCUUUCAGUUUCCUACUUCUAUAUGGAUCUCCAAAUUUCAAAUUA